AAGUUGGAGGUUGGCGUCGCUGAGUUCUUUUUCGAAAUGACUUUUUAUAACUUUCAUCUUUAGUUUGCCAACGCAGCAAACUUUUUUUGGAGGAAGCAAACUUGCGUUGGAUAGUAGAAAGGUUAAGGCUAGCUUUGAUAGAAAUAGGUUUUAGAUCUCUGUUCUUUGAGUUGGGUUGCUAGAAACACUUCAGUUCCGCAGAUUUUUGAUUUUCUUUCGCUUGUAGAGGAUUAGUUCGUUACGAACCUGAGCGCAUUGACUUGCUGCGAAGAUUGCGCCUGUCGUAGAUUUCUUUUAUCGUUGUGAGCAGAAAUAGCAUGGACCUCUCAAAAGAAGUUAGGAGUGGGAACGAUUUACAGAGUCAGCGUGGUUCCGAGGCCACCCUUGCUUCCAAAGCAGAUAGUCACGAAACCAACUCCACGCAAGAGCCUGACUCAAGUUCGAACCGAGCUGACCUGGAAAGUAGAAGAAGCCUCAAGUGCCCACUCUACUGUCCAAAACCUAGGAGAGUAACACCAUCCCACAAGUUCUUAUUCAUAAGGUAUGACGGUGGAGACUGUAUUGAGCGGGUUCCAGAUGCUUGUUGCACAUCUAAGGAUAGCAGCGAAAGGACUUGUGCUACUCUUUCGUCUCUAAGUGGCUCCUGGCUUACUUUUGAAGAUGGUGGAUCCACUGGUGAUCUGAGCGAUGUUUCUAGACGUUGUGAAAAUGCGUUUGCCUCAGGUGCAGGAGAUAAGCAGGAAUGGGAGAGUUUAGAGUGGUCUUCGAGCCCUUCUCCUGUAUGUUAUGGUUGCGGUAACGUCCAGAAACAGUGUGAAAAAUAUUCGAUAUGUAUGUCGGAGGUGGGCAGUUUAAGUUCUUCUUUCAAAAGUCAUGGUUUCUUGAAUGCUGAGAAAAGCAAAAGCAGUCUUAUAAGUGAAUGCACGAACAGUUCAGUGAAUAUAGAGGAUUGUGAUUUUUCUUCCAUGACAGAUGAGAGGAAUAGUGAAAUGGAGUUUCUGGGUUCACCUCCAGUUCGUUCAGAGAAUCCAAUGGUUCGAGAUUCUUGGUUCCGUCUAUCAACUAAAGACUUAACUUUGGAACCACAUGCAAGGUCGGAGAUGUUACGUCGCUCGCUUAUGGGUGGUAGACGUCAUAGGUAUUCUACUCAUACUAGUUCUUUAUUAUACUCUAUGGACAGAAGCUAUGCACAUUUUCGUCCAAGUCCCGCGCUUUCUGUCUGAGUUUUAUGUAUUCUGAAGCCAAUUGACUGUGGAUACUUUGUUGUUGUU